AUGAUCAUGACCUUCUUCCACACCAUAAAAAAUCGUCUCACUUUUCUGUUCAUAUCUCUCCUAAUUAUUCCUUCCUCUUAUCCCCUCAACUUCCAAAUAUCUCGGUUUGACUCUAAUGACCCACGCAUUGCCUACCAAGGAGACGCCAUACCUUCUGUUGGAGCCAUUGAACUAAUCAACAAAGUAAACUACGUUUGUAGAGUUGGCCGGGCAACUUAUACUGAGAAAGUGCCUCUUUAUGACCCUCACACAGGAAAAGCUGCUGAUUUCACAACCCACUUUUCCUUUACCAUCACAACUCAAGGCUCACAAUAUGGCCAUGGAAUAACCUUUUUUCUUGCUCCUGUUGGAUUCCAAAUCCCGCCCAAUUCAGCUGGAGGGUUUCUAGGCCUCUUCAACACCACCACGAGCGAUUCCUCGCGAAACCAAAUCGUUAUGAUCGAGUUCGAUUCCUUCGUUAACCCCGAGUGGGAUCCUCCUCACGAGCACGUCGGUAUCAACAACAACUCGAUUCAUUCGGCAGUUACAACGCCUUGGAAUGCAAGCAAGCAUAGCGACGAUAACACCGAUGUUUGGAUUUCGUACAACGCGUCGACAAAGAGUCUGAGCGCUCGUUGGAGUUAUCAAACUAGUCCGAGGGAGAAUGUCACAGGCCUUUCUUACCACAUCGAUCUGAUGCAGGUUUUGCCUCAGUGGGUCACAAUUGGAUUCUCGGGUACUACUGGUGUUUAUGGCGAGAGGGCAGUUGUCAAUUCAUGGGAAUUCAGCUCAAGUUUGGAGAUAAAAGAAAAAAGUGGAGAUGAUAUUGGGAAAAAGAUAAGACUCAUAGUUGGUGUAACAGUUUCAGGUGGGGCUUUGAUAGCUGCUUUGGUUAUCAUAACACUCCUAGUGUUAAGCAAACGGAAGCAAAAGAUAAGAGAAAAGGCGAAGAGUACUAAUUGUGCAUCAAUAAACAACGACGAUCUCGAGAGAGGAGCAGGGCCAAGAAGGUUUUCUUACAAGGAUCUUGCCGAGGCUACAAACAACUUCUCUGGAGAAAGAAAGCUAGGAGAAGGAGGUUUUGGAGCAGUUUACAGAGGCUACUUGCCGGAUUUGGACACUUUGAUCGCGGUGAAGAAGAUUUCGAGAGGGUCUAGGCAAGGCAAAAAGGAGUACUUGACGGAGGUGAAGAUCAUCAGCCAGCUUAGGCAUAGAAAUCUUGUGCAACUAAUUGGAUGGUGUCAUGAUAGAGGUGAGUUUCUACUUGUCUAUGAGUUCAUGCCGAAUGGAAGCCUAGCUUCUCACCUAUUCGACAAGCGAAUAAGUCCUCUUUCUUGGGGCGUAAGGUACAAGAUUUCGCUCGGAUUAGCCUCGGCCUUGCUCUAUCUUCAUGAAGAAUGGGAACGUUGUGUGGUUCAUAGAGAUGUCAAAUCAAGCAAUAUAAUGUUAGACUCUAGUUUUAACGUUAAACUAGGCGAUUUUGGUCUAGCUCGGCUUAUGGACCAUGAGCUUGGUCCGCAAACAACAGGGUUGGUGGGGACAUUAGGAUAUUUGGCUCCGGAAUAUGUCAGCACAGGAAGAGCUAGUAAAGAGUCUGAUGUUUACAGCUUUGGAGUGGUUGCUUUAGAAAUCGCGACGGGGAGAAAGGCGGUGGAUCUGACGGAGAAGGAUUCGGAGAUGGGCUUGGUUCAAUGGGUUUGGGAUCUUUAUGGGAAAGGAAAGCUUGCCAUGGCUGUGGAUGAGAGAAUACAACUAGAUUUUGAUCAGAAACAAGUCGAGUGUUCGAUGAUUGUUGGGUUGUGGUGUGCUCACCCCGAUCGGAGUCUAAGGCCGUCGAUAAAGCAAGCGAUUCAGGUCCUGAAUUUUGAGGCCACUUGGCCGAAUCUUCCGGCGAGUAUGCCUGUUCCUGUUUAUCAUGUGCCUUCGCCGUCGGUGAGCUCCGGCGAGCCUUUCAUGAGUACAAGUCUCGAUGCCGGCCGCUGA